AUGGAGCUGUCGGAGUUUACUCAAACCUAUGAAACAAAGUUUUUUUCUUUUUUUGUUGUUGUUUAUCAAACAUGCAAGAAUGGUGGGCUUGCGGCUGUCUUUCUCGCCCCUCUUGUCACAAGGAUGCUGCGUCGUGCAGGAGGCAUGUGUGGCGGAGUAGGACUGAGGAGGAAUACGUUGGGCCGUAGAAUUUCUGCUGCACGGCGUGGAAGGGCAUCUCCUCUGUCAGUGAGCCCAUCGGUGCUUGUGAGUGCGGCCUUCCGGUUUCCCUCUUUGGGCCCAUUGUGCCGAUGGAUUCACACAAGAAUGGAGCCGGACUUUGUAGAUGAUACCGUUGAGGAGGAUGAGGUGACGCUGGAAGAUUAUGAGGAGCUGCUGCUUCAUUCCGCGCCGUCAGAAACGCUCGAAAAGGAGAACCACGAUGGGGGCGUGAUUGAAACUGAGGCAACCCACAAUGUCAAUCAACCCCCUCUUUCUUCAACAAUGAGGCUUGUGAACAACAUUCUGGAGCUUCUCCCUUCUGACGGCACGGGAACUCGACUCACCACAAUCACACCUCUCCUAGACGUGGAGGCCGUAAGUGAGCUUUUUGGAUCUGUCCUUGCCUUUGUGCAGUUGUUUCCUCAUCGGUUCCGGUCCUACCAGGUUGAGGAAGAAGACGGAAGUCUCCGUUGGUAUGUGAGUCGUGUGCAGGCUGCAAGAAGCUUGCCGCCAUCCAUAUCGGUAGAAGAGGCAACGAAAAAAAGAGAAUGUGAUGGUGAAAAUGAGAAGAAAAUGGUUCAGACACAAGUGCGAGUUAGACUUCACUCUGCAGAAACAAACUUCUCUGAGAAAAAAAUGAGCCUCGUUCUACAACAGCUGCAGGAAAUGUUACCCAAAGACAAGCCAAUUUCUACGACCGGAUUGCUACAAACAUUUCCAAUGGAACUUCAAGACUCUAUUCGAGAGUUGGGAGGUGGGCUAUUACGUCUUUUGAAGAAUACACUAGCUCAGGACUAUUUGGACCUUAGCGAGGACACAUCUUUUGUAUCCGUAAAGGGAAUUCUUUCUUCACAAGGAAUAACAACAUAUCAUUGCCUUUCGAAAGAGGCAACUCACAAAAGCGUUGUGUCAGUAAUGCCUGUAGCGGAUUACGCAGAUGACGCAUGGAACGUUGAGCUUAACUUGGACGAUGAUGAUGAUUUUUUAACCGCUGACGAUGACACUUCCGAUGAUGUUGAGCCAAAAGACGGGUUUAUUCAAAGUGUUAGCGUUGCCACAGCAGCUCUCCCCAGCACCAUACAGCACCAGCAGCAGACAAAGAAUAAAUCAUCUAUGUCUUCUGCUUCUUCAAAAGUACCGGAGCGAAUAGAAAAACACCGGACACCUCCACCAUUGCCUUCAAAAAAGAAGGAUCUUUCCUCCUCAAAAGCACGCAUGUCAUCCGAGGAACUACUAAAGGCGCAUACAACAAUGGCCUUGUUGCGUGGGCGACGUUCACCCAGCGAGAUGUUGGAUCUAUUUGUUGAGUGCGUCCCCACCACCCACGUUCCUGUACAACAGAUAAAAGUGACAGACGCUCUCGCGAGAGUUCUCGGUCCGAGGAAUACUCUUCACAAGGUGAUUAAAAUUUACUCCUACUAUUUUGAUAGAAAUAAACAAUCAGAUACUGUACGUUUAAAGCCAACGCUUCAACAUGAACGCCUUGGAGCAGCCAACGUUCUUUAUGAUGCUGUAACAAAUGGCGCAUCAUCGACAGGUCCUACCCAACGAAAACUUAAGGAAACCAGCGUCACUCGUGCAUUUCCUGUUUUAAAUACGCCUAUUCGCACAAAAAUGGAUUUAUCUGCAACACGAAAGAAAGGGGGGCUUCCUCUUGGUUCCAAAACACAUACCACAUCCACAGUUGUGUGUUCCAACUCAGAAUGCUUUUCGCUUCUCAAGGCGCUCCGACAUGACCGUUACGUUGGCAUCUCGGAGUGGGCUCAAAACGCCGGUGUUUCGAUCUCAACUCUCACUUCCUUUACUGAAGAAAACUCCAAUCAUCAUUAUUUAUUGACGCAGGAUUGUUCUUGGCAACAAGAUAAGAUGCUCUUGUGGCGACUUCGACCGUACUGGUUGGCUCCCGGGUGCGCAGGGGAGCUGGGGUCUGAGGACUCUCGUGAGGCUGCAGCGAUCGAGCAACACCUCAAGCCUAUUUGGCUUUCUAUCGACCGACUCCUUCAAAAAUUGCCAUUAUCAGCACAGAACAGUGUACAGGACGUUUCCCGUGAGUAUGGGGGAGUUGAGCCAUGGCUUCGUCAAUUUGGUCGAAUGUGCUGGGUUGACAAGGAAGGGAAAAACGUUCGAAAAUACUGCGCCGCAGCCGAACUUGAUGAUAUUCAGCAUGUGGUGGUACAGUACUUGCACAGCACACUGCCUACCACUUUUGUCAAUUUAAAAUAUGAUAUCAUACCAAACAAACUAUCUUCCGAUAAGCUAAGUGAGGAAAUAAUUGCCCACCAGAGCGAUGGCAUUCUGCAGCUUAUCGAUCACGGUCUCACGAUCGCACGGCAGCAGGCACUCGCUUCAUUAUCUCAUGAGGCAGAAACCGUUUUUGAAAAAAAAACCAUUCAAGAGAAUCUCUAUCUCUUUUUGCGUAGACAUCCUCAACAGGUGGAUGUUAAGGAAGAAGAGGGGAUCAUAUGGGCAGCAAAGCAUUCUUUCUUUGGAAGAAACACGGGUAAAUAG